AAUCAACACACGCCACCAGAUCUCUAUCAUCCGUAUAGAAAUAUAUUAUCAAACCACACUUGUCGUAACAAAUUCGAAUCUCAGGAUCACAUAGACAGUACACGGUUUUGCUUUGUCAUCAGAUUUCAUGGAGACCAAACAGAGUAUCCCUCUCCUCACACCUUAUAAGAUGGGACCUUUCAAUCUUUCUCACAGGGUUGUUCUAGCGCCAUUGACGAGACAGAGAGCGUAUGGAUACAUUCCUCAGCCUCACGCCAAGUUAUAUUACACGCAAAGAACAACACCUGGUGGUUUUCUUAUUUCCGAAGCUUGUCUAGUGUCCGAGACAACAAAGGGCUUAACGGAUGCACCUGGAAUAUGGACUAGAGAGCAAGUGGAGGCGUGGAAGCCCAUUGUGGAUGCGGUUCAUUUGAAAGGCGGCAUCUUCUUCUGCCAGAUUUGGCAUGGUGGCAGGGUGUUUCAUUUAGACCAGCCAAAUGGGGAAGCUCCUAUCUCCUCUACAGACAAGCCGUUGACUUGCAAUAACAUCUAUGGAGGUAAGUUUACGCCUCCAAGGCGGUUAAGGUCAGACGAGAUCCCUGCCAUUGUCAAUGACUUUAGAGUUGCUGCAAGAAAUGCAAUGGAAGCUGGCUUUGAUGGAGUGGAGGUUCACGGUGCACAUGGCUACCUGAUCGAUCAGUUCUUAAAAGACAAAGUGAAUGACAGAAGUGACGAAUAUGGUGGGUCACUAGAGAACCGAUGCAGAUUCGCUGUGGAAGUAAUCGAAGCAGUUGUGAAGGAGAUCGGUUCAGACCGCGUGGGAAUCAGGCUCUCGCCAUUCGCAGAUUACAUGGAGUCUGGAGACUCGAACCCAGAGGCGUUAGGACUGUACAUGGUGCAAGCUAUGAACAAGCAUGGGAUCCUCUACUGUCACUUGGUUGAACCUAGAAUGAAAACCCUUGAGGGAAUUCUUGAAUGCACGGAAUCACUUACGCCCAUGAGAAAUGCGUUCAAAGGAACGUUCAUAGUAGCUGGAGGUUAUUCUAGAGAAGACGGAAACAAGGCAGUGGAAGAGGCAAGAACUGAUCUUGUGGGUUAUGGACGUACGUUCUUGGCAAAUCCGGAUCUUCCCAGGAGAUUCCAACUCAAUGCACCGUUGAACAAGUAUGAUAGAUCGACGUUCUACACCUCUGAUCCUGUCGUGGGCUACACAGACUAUCCAUUUCUCGAGAAUACAGACACAGCUGCUUAAUGUUGGUGCCACUUUAAUAAAACCUUUUGAGUACAUAUAUAGUAGGUAAAGAGGAUAAGCACACUCACAAUCACUAAAGUUGAAAUAUUUCUAUGUGAACUGAUAAAAGCUUU